AUGGCUGAUGGUUGGACAGAUCAAAGACAAAGAACGUUAAUCAAUUUCUUGGUGUAUUGUUCUAAAGGUUUGUGCUUCGUGAAAUCAGUAUAUGCUUCCAGUAUGGUAAAAAAUGCUUCACACUUGUGUAAUUUGUUUUCUGAGGUUAUUGAAUGGAUUGGCCCUAAUGAUAUUGUGCAUGUUGUGACUGACAAUGCGGCCAAUUAUGUUGCUGCUGGUAGGCUUAUCAAUAGAAAAUAUGAUAAUAUCUAUUGGUCACCAUGUGCUGCUCAUUGCCUUAAUCUUAUUUUAAAAGAUAUAAGUAGCAUGGCGCAUAUUUCUAACCUUGCAACAUGUGCUUCAAAGAUCACAGUAUUUGUAUACAAUCAUACGGUUUUCUUAUCUUGGCUAAGACAAAAACCUCAUUGGAGAGAAAUUGUACAUCCUGGUGCAACCCAUUUUGCAAAUGUUUUUAUCACAUUGAAGAGCAUCUUUGACCAUACAAAGGAGUUGCAAGCAUUGGUUGUAGAUUCAAUUUUCACUGAUCACAAAUUAGGAAGGAGUGCUACUGGUAGAGCUGUGAGUGCUAUUAUUCUGGAUUGCAAAAUUUGGGACGAUUGCUUUACUGUAUGUAAACUUGUGGGCCCUCUGAUUUACUUGCUGAGGAUUGUUGAUGCUGAUGACAAACCAUUUUUGGGGUAUGUUUAUGAAGGAAGGCUAAGGGCAGAAGAUGCAAUUAAGAAGAUGUUUAGGCAAUCCAAGACUGCAUAUCAGCUGUACACAGAUAUUAUCAACUCAAGAUGGGACAAGCAUUUGAAGAAAGAUCUUCAUGCGGCAGCUUACUUCCUGAAUCCUAAAUUCUUUUUUAAUGAAAAUUAUAAAGAAGCACAUGAUGUUAUGCGAGGUUUGCUUGAUCUUGUUACCUUGUAUUGCAAGUGUAACAAUUUGGAUUCAGUUCAGGCAAUGAAAGAAAUACAUUUAUAUAGAGAUCGGAAGAAAAGUUUUGAUAGACAAGAAGUUAUUCGAGCUGCAUCUGAACUUAAGCCUGGUAAGAAUAUGGCUGAAUAUUUGUUUAGUUAA